ACAAAUAUUAGGCAUACGAACAUUUUGCAGUGUCGCGGAGAGCGGUAUUUUACUUUCAUCCAAACGUGAAAAUACUUCAUGAUUAAAGAACAAGAAAAAUCAGGCAGAUGUAUAAGUGACUAUAUGAGAAUAUCUAAAAUGAAGCAGGUUUUAAGAAUUGUUUUAAUGACUUUGUUUGUGCCCGUUCAUAACACGGAGUCGUUAAACACAAAUUCAUUUACCGCGGGGUUUAAGAUGUCAAAUAUUUGCAGUGGGUCAGCUAUAGGAAGUCAGGAAAGUGUUCACAGAAAUAUAACAAGCAAAUUAAUGUGUGGCAGUUUAUGUGCACAGACAGGGAAAUGUGUUUCAUUCUCAUAUCUGAGCGAGAAUAACACGUGCAUCGUGAACAGUGGACAUAUUCAACAAACAACUGACACUGGCACGUGUGGAACUAACUUUCUUUAUGGAAGUAAAGUGCUGAAAAGUAUGUGCACAGAACCAGUUAACAACAUGAGAUUGUGCAAUGGCUCAGGACAUGGGAAAGGUAGCAGUAAUAAGGGGCGAGUCGAAGUUUUCUACGAUGGACAAUGGUGGGGUAUUUGUGACGAUUAUUGGGAUUCUAGAGAUGUGAAUGCUAACGUUGUAUGUACAAUAUUAGGAUUUGCAAGAGGGGUAUCAGUAAUGACUUCAGCGUUUGGUGAUGGUUCUUUGUCGUUUCUUAUAGAUGAUGUCGACUGCGAUGGAACUGAAGAAUCUCUUGUAGACUGCGCCCACAUUGGGAUUGGUGUGCACAAUUGUCAACGGGUUGAAUUUGUCGGUGUCGUCUGUUUAUAAGACAAUAACAUAUACAUACAGUAGACUUCACUUAUAGCGAACACGAUUAUAGCGAACUUCCGGUUAUAAGGAACAGUUUAUUUUGGCCCAAAUAUUGCCUUCUUUAUUUAAAAUAAAAUUUUAACGGUUAUAGCGAACACGGUUGUAAGGAAUUUUCGCUUAUAAGAAACUCAUUUCUUAGUCCCAAUUUAGUUAAAAGUACAAACAAAUUACACUUUUUGAACGAACUCCAAAAUAUCGGCUAUCUGUAAAUAGAUCCCGCAUUUUCAACUUUCGUUUUCAUUGGAACUCGUCCGAAUGAACCGUUUAUUGUUGUAUGUACUUCAAGAAAUCUAUUAAAAUGAAUUUUUAUAGCAGUACAUAAGAAAACUACAAAAUACA